AUGCUGCUGGGCCAGGCGCUGCUGCUGCUCAGCCGCUCAGCAGCAGCAGCGCCUCCUGCUUCGGUAUUUGCUGCAGCUGCAACUGCUGCUGCAGGGGCGAAGCAGCAGCAGAAUCAGCAGCAGAAGAAGCACCAGGGGCUGCAGCGGCAGCAGCAGCAGCUGCGGGCGUUCUGCAGCCGCACGAGACACGGCGACAUUCUCAGCAGCAGCAGCAGCAACAGCAGCAAGAACAGCAGCAGCAGCAAGUAUUGUGGCUGUAAGCCCCACGCUGCUGCAGCAAUGGCCACAAGGGUUGCCCGCAGGGGCCUUUUAAGCUUCUCUUUAGAAGACGAGGAGCAGGAGGAAUCCUCUCCGCAGCAGCACCAGCAGCAGCAGGGACAGCAGCAGCAGCAGCAGCAGCAGCGCCGCCGCCACCGGGACGAGGACAGUCACGGCCACAGCAGCAGCAGCAGCAGCAGACACAAGACGCGCACCCUGCAGAACAGCUCCCGCAGCAGCCGCAGCGGCAGCUGCAGCAGCAGCAGCAGCAGCAGCAGCAGCUCGACCAACAGCAAUGAAGGCGACAGUGUCACGCCUACCAGCCCUCUCGACAGCAGCUCUAGCAGCAGCAGCAGCAGCAUCAGGAGCGCGGGCUUGCUGAAGAUGGGGGACAUGACAGCAGCAAGAUUUAAACAAGAGGAAACAGCAGCAGCAGCAAGAAGGAAGGAGGAGGCAAUGCUUGCUGCGCUGCAGACCCUCAGCAGCAGAUCUCUCACUCCUAAGGCCCAUUUGGGCUUCUCGGAUGCAGCGUCUCCGUCUUCGCCGAGCCCAGCAGCAGCAGCAGCAGUAGCAGCAGCAGCAGCAGCAAAGCCUGUUGCUGCUCCCUUCGUCAUUACCUGCGGCAGCUUCAGCAGCAUCGGAAAGAGGCAGCAAAUGGAAGAUACACAUUUAUGUCUCCUUGACUUUUCCCCGAACGCAGCGCUUUUUGGCGUAUUUGACGGCCACAACGGCAGCACUCUGUCGGAGUUUUGCAAGGCGAAUUUCCCCCGCGUGUUGGCGAAUAAUCUGGCUGUGCACAGCAGCAGCAGCAGCAGCAGCAGCAGCAAGAAGCACGGCAGUGGGCGGAAGCAUCGGGGGCGCCGCCACAGAAGCCGCAGCAGCAGCAGCAGCGAGAGCGACAGCGCAGAUGCGUCGCUGUCGGCAGCAGCAGCGGCGUCGCCAGCAGCAGCAGCAGCAACAGCAGCAGCAGCAGCAGCAAAAGUGGAAAAGGCCCUCACAGAUUCCUUUUUAGAAAUCGACAGCGACUACCUGCAGAGACACCCCGACGCACAAGACGGCAGCACCGCGCUGCUGCUGCUGCUGCGGUGGGCCCCGCCCUCGAAGCGGCGGCGGAAGCUGCAGCAGCAAGCUGCAACGCCCAGCACCACCAGCAGCAGCAGCAACAGCAGCAGCAGCAGCAACAGCAGCAGCAGCAGCAGCAGCAACAGCAGCAGUGGCAACGACAGCCUCAGGAGCCCCGGUGAAAAUAUGACGUACAGCGAAUACAGAAGGCAGCUGAAGUCACUUCAGAAGCAGCAAAACCAGAAGCAGCACCAGCAGAAGCAGCAGCAGCAGCAGCAGCAGCAGCAGCCGCAGCAGGUGGAUGCCGCUACAGCACCAGCAGAAGCAGCAGCAGAAGCAGCAGCAGAGCACGGGACUGCUGAACUGUUUGCUGCGCACGUUGGAGACAGCCGAGCGCUUCUUGUGUUCAGCCCAGGCAGUAGCAGCAGCAACGGCAGCAGCGACAGCAGCAGCAGCAGCAGCGACAGCAGCAGCAGCAGCAGCAGCAGCAGCGGGGGCUUUUUGCAGCUGACGGAGGACCACAAGCCAAACCGCCCGUCUGAGCUGGAGCGCAUUCAAAAGUGUGGGGGUUUUGUGAUGGUCUUGGGUUGCCACAGGGUAAGCAUUGGGAACACGGGCUUGUUUCUAGCCAUGUCAAGAUGCAUUGGGGACUUCGCGUUAAAAAGGGUUUCGAAGCAGCUGGUUCCAGCAGAGGCAGAAGUGACUCACAGGUCU